GGGCUAGUCCCGGGCGGGGACAGGGCAGCGCCGGAAAGUCGUGAGGAGGGCGGGCACGCAGAGCAUCUUUAAAGGCCCACGACUCCCCGGAGGCGCCUUGACAGCCGCCGGCGGCCCCGGGCGAUCCCCACCAGCGCGCAGGACCCGGCUCCGCGCCCGAGCUGCCGGGGGCGCCAUGGGCCGCUACCGCAUCCGCGUGGCCACCGGGGCCUGGCUCUUCUCCGGGUCGCACAACCGCGUGCAGCUGUGGCUGGUCGGGACGCGCGGGGAGGCGGAGCUGCAGCUGCGGCUGCGGCCGGCCCGGGGCCAGGAGGAGGAGUUUGAUCGCGAUGUCCCCAAGGACUUGGGGCCCCUACAGUUUGUGAAGUUGUGCAAACACCACUCCCUGGUGGACGACGCGUGGUUCUGCGACCUCAUCACGGUGCGGGGCCCGGGAGCCUUCGAAGAGGCCGCCUUCCCCUGCUACCGCUGGGUGCAGGGCCAGGGCGUGCUGAGCCUGCCUGAGGGCACCGCACGCCUGCCAGGAGACAAUGCCCUGGACGUAUUCCAGAAGCAUCGAGAGAAAGAACUGAAGGAAAGACAAACGCUGUACUGCUGGGAUACCUGGAAGGAGGGGCUACCCCUGACGAUAGCGGCCGGUUGUCAAGACGAUCUGCCUCCGAACAUGAGGUUCCAUGAGGACAAGAGGCUAGACUUCGAGUGGGCGCUGAAGGCGGGGGCACUGGAGAUGGUCCUCAAACGUGUUUACACCCUCCUGAGCCCCUGGAACCGCCUGGAGGAUUUUGAUCAGAUCUUCUGGGGCCAGAAGAGCGCCCUGGCUGAGAAGGUCCACCAGUGCUGGCGGGAUGACGAGAUUUUCGGCUACCAGUUCCUCAACGGGGCCAACCCCAUGCUGCUGAGACGCUCCGCGUCCCUGCCCUCCCGGCUGGUGCUGCCCCCGGGACUGGAGGCACUGGGGGCCCAGCUGGAGAGCGAACUCCAGAACGGUUCCCUGUUUGAGGCCGACUUCAUCCUGCUGGAUGGAAUUCCAGCCAACGUGAUCCGGGGCGAGAAGCAGUACGUGGCCGCCCCCCUUGUCCUGCUGAAGAUGGAACCCAAUGGGAAGCUGCUGCCCAUGGCCAUCCAGAUCCAGCCCCCCAGCCCCAGAUCCCCAACCCCGCCACUGUUCCUGCCCUCGGAUCCCCCACUUGCCUGGCUCCUGGCAAAGACCUGGGUCCGAAACUCUGACUUCCAGCUCCACCAGCUCCAGUACCACCUCCUCAACACUCACCUGGUGGCCGAGGUCAUCGCUGUGGCCACCAUGAGGCGCCUCCCGGGGCUGCACCCCGUCUUCAAGCUCCUGAUCCCCCACAUCCGCUAUACCUUGGAGAUCAACACCCGGGCCAGAUCCCAGCUCAUCUCAGAAGGAGGGAUAUUUGAUAAGGCGGUGAGCACGGGUGGUGGGGGCCACGUGCACUUGCUGCGUCGGGCCAUGGCUCAGCUGACCUACUGCUCCCUCUGUCCCCCCGAUGACCUGGCUGACCGGGGCCUGCUGGGAAUCCCAAGUGCCCUCUAUGCCCAUGACGCUUUACGGCUCUGGGGGAUCAUCGCCCGGUACGUGGAAGGCAUCGUCCACCUCUUCUACCACAGGGACGACGUUGUGAGAGGGGACCCGGAGCUGCAGGCCUGGUGUCAGGAGAUCACCGAGGUGGGGCUGUGCCAGGCGCAGGACCGAGGUUUCCCUGUCUCCUUCCAGUCCCAGAAGCAACUCUGCCAUUUCCUUACCAUGUGUGUCUUCACAUGCACUGCUCAGCACGGGGCCAUCAACCAGGGCCAGGGUUGCAGUUUCUUCCCCCAGCUGGACUGGUAUGCCUGGGUCCCUAACGCCCCAUGCACAAUGCGGAUGCCCCCACCCACCUCCAAGGAAGAAAUAACGAUGGCCACGGUGAUGGCUUCACUACCUGAUAUCCGACAGGCCUGUCUUCAAAUGACCAUCACGUGGCAUCUGGGUCGCCGCCAGCCAGACAUGGUGCCUCUGGGGCAUCACAAAGAAAAGUAUUUCUCAAGUCCCAAGGCCAAGGCGGUAUUAAACCAAUUCCAAACAGAUUUGGAAAGCCUAGAAAGAGAGAUCACAGCCCGGAAUGCGCGACUUGACCUGCCGUAUGACUACCUGAAACCCAGCCGCAUAGAGAACAGCAUCACUAUCUGAGACCUGUGGCAUCCCCACCUCCAAGACUUCAGAUCAGCUCUAGGACUAACGUUUCCAGUUUGAAUGUCAUGGUUUCCAGAGUCUCUGCGGCUAAAGCUCUAUUUUCUCCCCCAACCAAAUCCC